AUGACUACUGUUUCGCCGCCGAAACCCUGGGAGCGUGCUGCAUCGACAGCUACUUCUGGAAUCGCGACCCCCAUCGCGUCUACUGCUAUGGCCGACUCUACCUCCUCUGCCCCGGCCUUGCCCGAUCGGCCAUCUACACUUAACAAUGUGGUGAAUCAAACAGCUUCCAAUUACACCAAUCAGAAUCGCUUUGGUACUGCCACCAACGCUUAUUCCUCUCCAUAUUCCUCGUAUUCCUCACCCUACUCGCGCUUUGGUGGGGGUGGAAUGUACGGCGGCAUGGGCGGCGGCAUGGGAGGAAUGUAUGGAGGGGGCUAUGGUGGCUACGGAGGUGGCAUGUACGGGAACAGCAUGUACGGCGGUGGCUACGGCGGCUUUCCCGGCAUGCCAGGCGACCCUAACAAUCCCAACAACCAGAGCUUGACCCAGACAUGGAACCAGAGCACUGCUGCGACAUUUCAGAUCAUGGAGAGUAUUGUUGGAGCCUUUGGAGGCUUUGCUCAAAUGCUCGAAAGCGCCUACAUGACCACUCAUUCUUCCUUUUUCGCCAUGGUCUCAAUGGCUGAACAACUGGGAAACCUUCGGCAAACCCUCGGCAGUGUCUUGGGAAUCUAUACCCUCAUGCGAUGGAUGCGCACUCUGCUAGCCAAACUCACUGGCCGUCCACCUCCAGCUGAUGCCGCCGCCCUCACUCCCGCCAACUUCUCAUCUUUUCUCUCCGGUGGUUCUUCCCCCACCACUCUGCCUGAUGGCUCACCCGCUCCGGCUCGGCCAUCCAAGAAGCCACUGAUCAUGUUUGCGCUUGCUGCAUUCGGCCUUCCCUAUCUGAUGGGCAAGUUAAUACGCGCAAUGGCACGCUCGCAGGAAGAGGAGAUGCGUCGCCAGCAAGAGCAGAUGCCACUCUCAUACACCAACCAAUCUGGCCAACAAGUUCCAAUCGACCCCCGAAACUUGGACUUUUGCCGGGUGUUGUACGAUUACACUCCUGCCCCUAACAGCGGCGGAAUGGAUCUUGAAGCCAAGAAGGGCGACUUUGUGGCAGUCCUUUCAAAGACGGAUCCCAUGGGCAAUGCCUCGGAGUGGUGGAGAUGUCGUGCCAGAGAUGGUAAGCAAGGAUAUUUGCCAUCACCAUAUCUUGAGCCAAUUCAAAGACCUGCCCAAAGAACACAACCCCAGAUUACUGAGGGCACGGCAACCGCUUCAGCACCAGGGAGUCGCACUGGUACCAUGAAGGGGGCUGGACCGGCGCAGGUCCCGGUACCUGUCAACGCCAAAGGACCACCAGUAACCGGCAAGCCUGGUGACAUCACAGCAGAGAGUUUCCAGAAGAGCGUGUUCUAUUCAUGA